UCACCACUACUACUAUCUAGCACUAAUCCUAACUUCUCUUCAUUAGCUACAGAGAAGAUUAAGAAUGGAUACUAUCAAGGUGGUGGGAAGCAUAAGAAUGACGUUGGCUUACCUGAAAUGGGGAUGGGAUUUGCUGCUCCACCUCUCCUUCUUCCACCACCGCCACCACAACUACAGCUACAACGACGAAUUCAACCACCAGCAGCCGGCCCACGACCAAGUCCAAGAGUACUACCACGAGUCCAACGACGUCGUAUCGGCAACCGCCGAAGAUCUACGGCAGUCCUCGGAAUGUGCGGUGUGCUUGUCCAAGGUGGAACAAGGCGAAGAGAUACGGAAGCUGACUUGUUGUCACGUGUUUCAUAAAGUUUGUCUGGACAGAUGGUCGAUGCAAUCCUUCACGAGGAGGUCCCCCACGUGUCCAUUAUGCCGUCGUGCCUUGAGCAGCACUCCGACCACCAGCCGGGGGAGCUCCGGCCGUGGGCCGGAAGUGCUGCUGCUCUUUGAUUUCGCAAGUUUUGUUUCCUCCGAUCAUGACACCGGCCGCUACAUGUGGUGGCUCCGCUAGUUGGCCAUAUAUGUUGAAGCAUAAACUUGUGAAUGUAUAUAUACCACAAUAUGCAUGUAAUUAAGAAAUAAAUGUAGUUGGAGACUCUUUCCCCAAGCAAUGGGUGAAGAAAUAGAAUAAAUAGAUAUUGGAUCA